CUAUGGGUGGUUGGGUAUGGCUCACUAAUAUUUAAACCUCCACCACAUACGCUCUACAGAGUUUCGGGAAAGAUAUACGGUUUUUCAAGAAGGUUUUUUCAAAGUUCGUCAGAUCAUAGAGGUACCCCAGAAUCACCUGGAAGAGUUGUGACUCUAAUAUCAUUAAAAGACAUCAAAGAAAAUAAAAAAUUUCACAUUGAUUUUUUGGAGUAUUACAACAGGAAUGAUGCCGGUAAAAACGAAAACGUGACCAAAACCCAGAUCAAAAAUGUGAGUGAACUAAGUGAAAGAGAUUUAGAGGUCUGGGCUGUUGCCUAUUAUAUCCCCAAAGAACAUGCCAAAGAGGUGACUAAGUAUUUAGAUAUCAGAGAGCAAGACGGAUAUACUGCACAUAACCUAUCGUUUGAGAUUGAGUUGGAGAGCAGUAAAUUCAAAGACGAUGCUGAGAGACACCAGGCCAUGGAGGAAAUCAGAAAAUUGCCUUUCAACAAAGACAGCGGAAAGUAUAUCAUCAACUCGUUGAUCUACAUUGCUACCAUCGACAACACCUCCUUCAUUGGACCUGAAGCUCUUGCCGACACAGCAAAGGUUAUUGUUUCCUCUGCUGGAUUGAGCGGCCCGAACCCGGACUACCUCCUUUCUCUACGCCGUGCAAUUCUCACCAUCGAUUCCGCACUGCACCGGUCCGACGAUCCGUACAUUGCCGAUUUAGCCGAAAGCGUC